AUGCUCCUAUCUGGGCCGGGUGAUAACGAGAGCGCUAGCAAGAUUUUCAAUCAAUUACGAAAGUUACAUUACUUUCCGUCCAACGCAUCGUAUGAGUGUCAGAUUUGGGCUGCCCCUGCCGCCACCUUUACAAUGCUUAUCAUAACGUCUUGCCGGAACCUCUUUUCCUCCACGCUGACUCGGUACAAGAACUCCGGCCCCAAGAUCUACCGACUUACGGCCAAGCCGACUUGCUCCGGUCCGCUGAGGAGGGAAUUCGCGUUCGCCGCGGAUCUCGAACCCUGUAGUAUGAAGGCGACGAGCCAACGUCAUCUUAUUAUGUUGCAGCUUUCGUCCCGGAAUUGGCCCCCGGAGAAGCGAACUGUCGAAUUAGCUUUCCGAUCAUCUGGCACCCUUGUUUCCCUUGUCCAGAUCGGACCCGUCCGUUACUCAAGCUUUGCGGCGGCCGGGCUUUCCAGGCACUCGGAUCCAUGGUCAGUUAUUGGUGAUAUUGAGGAGACGGACGAGAUGAGUUCUGUGAGCUUGCUUCCACGCCAAUUCGGGACCAGGCUCCCACCCCCUGAGUAG